GGCGCUCUGUGUUUCUCUCUGCCUGUCUUUUGAACUGCAUUUCGCGUGACGAUUCUGCUACUCGUCUCUGCUGUUCAAUCCAUCCUUCGCUCCUCCGCACGCUUAAGCGUCUACAGGUUUCCUAGCCUGCCGACUGCUAUCGACCGUGAAAUUACGAUAUGGAACCGAAUCCCUACGACAAGAUGUCGAAGAAGGAGCUUAUAGCCUUACUCAAAGCUCGAAAGCUUCCAUACCAAGGCACCAAAGCUCUGCUGGUGGUGAAACUUCUCGAAAGCGAUGCCCUCUCCCGAAGCGACGAUCCGCCCCUACCCAAACACGUCACGGGAGCCAUGGAAGACCCGGAUCCCACGGCGUUUCUGGAUAUACUACGCAAAUUUGUCCACGACGACAACAUACGCAAAAAUGCAAAGAAAUUACUGGCGGGCCCGUAUAGUGAGCGAGUAAUUAUCAACGUCCAGAAACUGAGGGGAGGCGGCUGUCUAGAGCGCACUUGUUCUCACUGCGGCAGUGGCACACUUUGGGAGUCGAUGAAUCAUACCUAUGGCGUGCGCUCGAAGUGUCGCGAUCAAAGCUGCCAAGACAUGCUUGGUUGUGCCAAUUGUCGCAAGAAGCUACAGGACAUCGAAGAGCAAUGGCAUCGUCGCAAGCAAGACAGCUGCUCCGAUGGGUCAUGUGGUGAUUUACACGAAUGUUUUCGGUGCGAGACAUACAUACGAAACGCCAUCGUACCUACCAGUCUUCCAGAACAUCUUCAAGGGCCCUACGACCCUGUCAAUGAGGCUGGCGAUAUGGAAGAGGCAAAACUCUCGUUGGACGAGAUGAGGAGAUCUGUACAUAACGCACACAUUCGCAAGCUCGGCCAGAAGUUGCAGAACACAUUACCCUAUGCCUGCGAAUGGAUCGCCAUCAAGCAAUUGCUCGGCGAUGGGAAAUGCCUAGGGACCGGUUGUUCUUUGCGCGGCACCAGUCUCUUUGGGGACUCCCUCAAGAUUCUAUCAGACGGACCAGACAUUGAUUGUGGUGGUGAGUCAUCAGGGCUAUGCUCCAAUCCGCAUGGAUGUCCAAGCUGUCGCGACGAAAUGCAAUUCCUUGACGACGCAGUCGCCCGCGAUCACACAGGAAAAUGCAACAGCGGGAAAUGCUAUAUCGUUCACGCCUGUAUCGGAUGCAAAGCUCGACUUCAGCCUGGCGCCAAUCGUGAUGAGAGUAUUCCUGAUGCUAUAUCUAUAUCGUCUAGCGAUGACGAAAGCGCCCCGGGAGACCAUUGCAUGUCUGGUCAACAUGGAGGAAACUUAGUAGCAGAACUCGGACGAUGCGACGGUCCUGACCCGAGUAAGCCUGAAGGUCUUGGCUGCUGCUUAUACGAUUGUCUUAGAUGCGGUAUGAUCGAAGCCAAAACUGGACCUCGCAUGCGGAAUGAUGCUUUGAAACGACUCCGUGCCAACAAUAACAUCACAAACUCAACGGACUCUAGGCAGCCGAUCAACAACAGUAGUGCCAGAAAGAGAAGCUUUGAUGAUCACGAUCUCCAUUAUUACCUUCCUGCCAGUCAUCCCCUGGCACAGCGUAUAUUUGACGAGAAACACCGUGAGACGCUUCAGAGACAAGGAGCUCGAUUCGAUGGUGAUCAGCUCGGAUGGUUUGGCACACAGCAGGAUCCACUGCCAGACUUCUGGAUGGGACGUCCCAUUCUGCCUGACAGGGAAAUCAGUAUUCUGAAGGCCACCACUUCUAUCCCAAAAUACUACCUGUCUCAGUCCGAGGAAGAUCUGAUAACCCACUCAGAAAGCCUUCAGGAGAAACGGCUUGGUAUUGUCGUCCGCAGACUUGAGGCUGAACUUAUGUCUCGCGAUUUCUGGAUGCAAAGUCUAGGCUAUGAUGCGAGAGACGAUGGCGGUGAUUUGCCUGGCGGUAGGUAUAUUGUAUCGCAUGCAUCAUCUGGAAGCCUUGCCAAGAAACGAUGAGAGGGGAGCGUGAGGGUUAGUGGUACGUGACGAAGCUGUCUAGUGGAUACAUUCAUUGCUUGAGUCUUUCCAGAGGAUAUUCUCGGUUCUUGGUGACAAGAGCGGUCAUUCAAGCCGCAGUGUUUUCGUGGAUUUGCUGCUCAUGUAACCGCUCAUCUGCUCGCGCAGGUGGAGGGUUGAAGUCAGGGUCACCAUCGACAACGAAAGUGGGGCCGCCAGGACUUUGCGACUGGAUGGCAGCCUGUGUCAGCCGUCGUUGUGUAACUCAUCUUCUCAUCCUCUUGGAUAAACAUCAUAACAUCAACUAAAUGGACCGACUUCAGUGUUUCCCAAAUUCAAUGUAAGC